AUGGCCGCUUCGACGCUUCACUCGCUCUCGCUCGAAGACCAACGGCUCUUUGCACGCUUCAGCUUCGGCACCCGCCAGCGGGCCCCGUUCGCCUGCGUGCACCAUGCGUUCGAACACCAUGCUGCAGCGCAGUCGGACGCGGUCGCCGUCGAGCACCUCGGCGACGCCAUCACCUACGCCGAGCUUGACAGGCAGGCCAACAUCCUCGCCAACCACCUGCGCGCGUCGGGGGUCCGCCCUGGCGUCCGCGUAUGCCUCCUGGUCCAGCGCUCCAUCCUCAUGGUCGUCGGGAUCAUAGCCGUGCUGAAGGCCGGAGGUGCUUACGUUCCGCUGGACGGCUCUAUCGUCACCCAGUCCACCCUGGAUUACGUGCUCCAGGACUCCGACGCCAAGAUAGUACUGACCAUGAACGAAUACGUUCACCGCGUCACGAACACGCCCGCGUUCUGCCUCGAGGACAUCGGGACGCUGACUGCGGACGUCUCGAAGCCGCAGGACCUCAGCUCCUUCGCGGACCCUAUCUACAUCAUCUACACUUCCGGAACCACCGGCAAGCCAAAGGGCGUCGAGGUUAUGCAUGGGAAUGUCACCAACCUCGUUUGUCUAGCCCCGGGUAACAUCGAGAUGCGCCCGGGACGGAGGGUGUCUCAGCUUCUCAAUGUCGCGUUCGACAUGGCCGCCUGGGAAAUUCUCGGAAGCCUCAGCAACGGCUGCACCCUCUGCGUGCGAGGCAAGUCCUCCAAAGAAUGGCGCGCAGUUAUGAAGACCGUCGACAUCGUCAUUGCGACGCCGAGCAUGAUGGCUCCUCACGAUCCCGCCGACUACACCAACAUCAAGGUGGUCGCUACUGCCGGCGAGCCAUGUCCGUUACCGCUGGCGGAGAAGUGGGCGAAGGCGGCGCACUACUACAACUGCUGCGGUCCCACGGAGGUCACCAUCGUGAACACCGUGCACUUGCACACCCCGGGCGAGUUCCUCAGCAUCGGCGGGCCGGUUCCCAACACCAAUGUCUACGUCCUCGACGAGAACAUGAAGCCCGUGGCGAUAGGCGAAGCGGGCGUCAUGUGGGGCGGCGGCGCGUGCGUGAGCAAGGGCUACGUCAAUCUUCCAGAGAAAACCGCCGAGCGGUACACGCUGGAUCCAUUCGCUGGCGACGGGAGCUACAUGUUCAACACCGGUGACCUUGGCCGGUGGCGCGAAAAUGGGGAGCUCGAGCACCUUGGCCGCGUCGAUGAUCAGGUGAAAGUCAAGGGUUUCCGCGUGGAGUUGGACGGAGUGUCGGCGGCCAUGCAGACGUGUGCUUCUGUUAAGAACGCGACCGCGCUACUCAUUGAGUCCGAGCUCUGGGGUUUCGUGACCCCCGUCACCGUCAAGCCCGAGUCUGUCAAGGCCUCGGCGGCGCUUGUGCAACCAUACUACGCCGUCCCGACCCAAUACAUCACGAUGGACGAUUUCCCAUACACGAGCAAUGGCAAGAUCGACAAGCGCGUCCUCAAACAGCUCGCGCUGAACGAGAUCGCGCGCAUCAAGGCCGAGAAGGAGGCGCUCUCCAUUAUCCCCUUGAAGCCCGAGUUCUACACCCCGUCGCCCUACGACGGCAAGCUCCUCGCCGAUAUCGUCAACGUGCUCCCGCAGCCGCUCCCCGUCUACCAGGUCGGCAUCAACGAGAAGUCGGGCGCGCUCGUCACUGUAACGGGCGACUUCAGCAAGUCUUCCUCGAACUCCAGCAUCUCUGAGGUGACGGAGAAGGGCGGCAACGUCUCCGUCUCGUCGCUCGAGAGCGGAAACGUCUGGGACGGCUACAAGGAGGACGAGCUGCCCGAGAAGACGAAUGGGCACGUGCUCCGCAACAUCCGUCACCAGGUCUUCUCGCUCUACCGCCGCAUGUUCGGCAUCGUCUUCAUUACGAAUAUGGCUAUCUUCAUCGCUACUCUGGCGAAGGGCGGCGCGAACGCGCAGGAACUCGGCCUUAUCGUCGUCUCCAACCUCUUCUGCGCUAUCCUGAUGCGCCAGGACUACGUUAUCAAUGCCUUCUUCACUGUCGCAUGUGCCGUGCCGAGCAGCUGGCCGAUGGCGAUUCGCCGCAUUGUUGCCCGCGUUUACCACAUCGGAGGCUUGCACUCUGGCUGCGCUAUCAGCGGCCUUGUCUGGCUGAUCUUCUUCACCGUUCAAGCUACACGGGAACUUCUGAACGGGGAGCAGACUUCAGCUGCGACAGUCGCCAUAACUUAUUUCAUAUUGGUGCUGCUGGUCGGCAUCGUACUAUUCGCGUACCCGAAGGUCCGCUCAACCCACCACGACGCGUUUGAGCGCACCCACCGCUUCCUGGGCUGGUCCGCGACUGCAUUGGUGUGGUGCCAGGUCGUACUACUCACCAACGACUACCGCCCGCGGACCCAGCCUCUCGGUCAGGCUCUCGUCCAUGCACCCGCCUUCUGGCUCGUAGUGGUCAUGACGAGCUCUAUCAUCCUACCAUGGCUCCGGCUCCGGAAGGUGCCCGUUCGCGCGGAAGUGCUGUCCAGCCACGCUGUCCGGCUUUACUUCGAUUAUGUCACGCCCAAGCCCGGACACUUCACGCGCAUCUCCGACAGCCCGCUCACUGAGUGGCACGGGUUUGCGACGAUCGCCGAACCGGGCAAGACGGGAUACUCGCUCAUGGUGUCCAAGGCGGGCGACUGGACGAGCAAGAUGAUCACCGAGCCCCCGAAGCACCUCUGGGUGCGCGGUGUGCCGUGCUACGGCGUGCUCCGCAUCGCGCCUCUGUUCCGCCGCGUCGUGUUCGUCGCGACCGGCAGUGGCAUCGGGCCCUGCGCGCCCUGCAUCCUCGCACAGGCCAUCCCUAUCCGCCUCCUGUGGACGUCCCCAGACGUGCGGAAGACGUUCGGCGACAAGUUCGUCGACUCGAUCCUCGAGAAGUCGCCGGGUGCAGUCAUCUAUGACACGCGCAAGCACGGCAAGCCGGACAUGGUCAAGCUGACCUACCGCCUCGUCAAGGAGUUCGACGCGGAGGCGGUGUGCAUCAUCUCCAACCAAAAGCUGACGCAGAAGGUCGUCUACGGCAUGAUGAGCAGGGGCAUCCCCGCCUUCGGCGCCAUUUGGGACUCGUAACCACACACAUACAUAUGUACCGAUCAUAGGAAGCAUUCGAGACUGUAUUCAAUAGUGUAUUUUCUACUUGCUGUACUACAAUAUAAUGGGCAAUUUAUCCACAUCC